AUGCUGAUUCGACAAAUUUCCGUGUUGGCCAGACCCGCCACUGCCGCCGGCAUUAUGAUGAUCGCAACCUCCAAGAUGCCGCUCGAGAAGAAGCUGCGGAUAAGAACGGUGGUGGACGAGGAUAAGAUGGAGUCCCCACAUCCUCGUAUGAUCGUGGAGAAUAUGCUGGCGUCGUCGCCGACGGCCCAACGACCUCGGACUGAUGCCGGACAGUCGUUCAUGUGUCUGUUCUCGUCCGUUCUGUGCGACGUCAACCUCUUCGAAAGCAUCAUCGCGUUUUGUCCUGGUGCAAGGUUGAAGGACUGGGUGAAUGCGAUCGUUGCCGCGCGGGCAGGACACCUGUACAUUCUCAAACAACGCGAGCCGUUUCUCAAGUACAACACGUACAUGUUCAGCGAGGCUAGCGCCAACGGACACCUCCACAUUGUCCGGUGGUGUCAUGAAGAGAAUAAACCCGGGUGCACCGUAGACGCCAUGGACUACGCUGCAGGCGCCGGCCACCUCGACGUGGUCAAGUACCUCCACGCGAACCGGUCGGAAGGGUGUACCAAGCGUGCGAUGGACUUUGCGGCGCUUCGAGGGCACCUCCACGUGAUCCAGUGGUUGCAUGCGAAUCGGCGCGAAGGAUGUUCGUCUGAAGCGAUGAAUUCCGCGGCCUUUAGCGGCCAUCUGCACGUCGUCGCAUGGCUUCAUGAACACCGGAAGCCAUGCACCCACAACGCCAUGGACUCGGCCGCCGCGAACGGUCAUCUGAACGUGGUGCAAUACCUCCACAGCAAGCGGCGGGAAGGAUGCACGACCAAAGCCAUGGACGAUGCCGCCAAGAACGGCCACCUCCAUGUAGUCUCGUGGUUGUCGUCGCACAGGAAAGAAGGAUGCACGGCGAAAGCGAUGGACUUCGCCGCUCAAAACGGACAUCUGCAUGUGAUCGAGUGGCUGCAUCGCCAUCGCCGAGAAGGAUGCACGACCAAGGCCAUGGACUGGGCGGCCGGCGCGGGCAACUUGGAAGUGUUCCAGUGGCUCCACGUGCACCGCAACGAAGGGUGUACGAUCAACGGUGUCGCAGAAGCGUUCAAGCAAAACCACCGAAAUGUGAUGGAGUUUAUCCAGCACAACGGUAUUUAUCACGGCAUGCACCCGCUCUUGUAAGUAGUACGUACGUAGUACUAGUACGGGACAGUGAACGAGUGUGUGUAUUUUUUAAUUGUAGAUAUAUAUAUAAAUAUAUAUAUAUAUAGUGUAUAAUACAUGUCCUCGG